AUGGAUCCCCUCUCCAUAAUUGCUUCAACACUGGCUCUGGGAAGAUUAUGUAUUAAGAUUUCAACAACUGUCUACGAGUUCACUACAGAUACCCGAGACGUAGAUACCAAUGUCCAGAACCUCUACCGCGGACUGAAUUCCCUCUCCCAAGUCCUCAAGAAUGUGAGCACAGCCUGGUCUGAGAAUCCUCUCGUUGCAGUAGCGCAGACCGGCCCAGACGGAAAUCUAUGGAUAUGCGUCAAGGACAGUGUGAGAAACUGCGAGGUGGUAUUGAAGAAGCUGGAGUCGGUGCUUGAUAAGAUAUCAGCAGAGAAUGGUAUGGGUAAAGGCUUUAUGCGGAGGCCAGUGAAGCAAAUUAGGUUGAAUAUGAACAAGAAGGAUAUUCAAGGGUUCGAGAGCGAGGUGCAGAGCUAUGAGCGGGCUCUGUCAAUUGCUUUCAACGCUAUCAACGCGUGCGCGGCAAUGCGACGAGAUCAUACAGAUGUCGAAGUGUCGAAGAGGCUGGACACAAUCGAGACAGGUAUCCAGGACCUCUCCCAGAGUCUUCGCCAACGACAAGACUUAGGCAUCAGCUCUUCAGAAGCUACCAAGAACUUUGAACAGUUUCUCUAUGCAGCCAACACCUUCAAGUCCAGCGCCAGUACGGUGGUAAAUGGAGAUGCAUCGACUGUCAAAGGAGGUCUGGGCACCCAAUAUAGCGGCAGCAUCUUUGGUGAGUCGUUGUCAGAUGAUCGGUACGAAAUUAUACAGAGCUGGAUACCCCCACCGUCGCCUCUCGGUGUCCGUGGGUCAGCAACGAAUGGAGGUAGCUUACAGGGUGGUCUCAGCACUCAAAGCCCCCUACCUGAACUCAUGGCUGUACUAGAGACAGUCACUCAGAUGGCUGACCAAUACCGCAACUCCGAACAGGAACGAAACUCAUCUAAAGAUGAGCAGCUCCGAUCAUUGCAAGUGGAGAACAGGGCUCUCGAACAGAAGCUCGAGGAAAUUAUCAUUCUCACUGAGAAGCAGCGGCAAGACCUUGAAGAACGGGAGGAAAAGUUACAGUCCCUCGCUAAAGAACUUAUGGACGCUGAGAGGGAGCGGUCGUACCUUCGGGAAAAUUCAACGCAGCAACAAAUAACAGCCGCUUCGAUGACAGAGGAGCGAGAUGUUCUUCGUCGGAAAAUUGACGAGAAGGAUGCAACGCUACAGGAAUCAAAAGAUCAUGGGCUCUUGAUAGAGCACGAACUCAAGGAGCACAUUAUGUUUCACGAACGUAUGGUGCAAAGCGUGCGAGACGAGAGGCAAAGGCUGCAAAACCAAACUGCCGAGCAAGCCGAACAACUACUGCUUGAAAGAGCGAUGAGAAGUAAGAGCGAUGAAGCUCUAGCUCUGUCAAAGGCGGAGGCUACCAAGCUGAACGAAACCUUGCUUGAAAAAACCGGGGCUCUCUCUAAAGCGAACGCGGACAGGGCGAGGCUGGAGAGCAUGGUUGCGGGCUUUACAGAGCAGAACCAGCACAUCCAACAAAAGUUAGGGCAGUACAGAGACGAAGCCAACUGGCUAAAGGUUGAAUUGCAGCGAAUACUUGAGGAGAUGGAUUUGACGCAUAAAAAGUUAGAUGCAGAGAGAACCAUCUCCCGACAACUGAAAGGAUAUCUUGAGCAGUCGGUAGUUACGGAAUCAAGAUUCGAGCAAGAGAUAUCCGACCUAAAGCUGGACUUGGAGAGGUCAGUUUCCGGUAGGCAGGAUUUGGAGAACAGAUUGCAAGAAGAAUCGGAGAACUUCCAAUAUCGGAGGGAGAAGCUUGAAUGCCAGCUCCACGACAUGGAGAACGACCUAGCUAUGAUGACAAAUUUUUGUGACACAGAGAAAACCAGAGUCGACAGCUGUGAGAAGAUCCUCGCAGAGCUAGGCAGGCUUCAAGAACAGCAGAGCAAGAUUCUGUCUGUGUACAGGGCGUCUGCGGAAAACACAGAGCCGGCCCAGCAAACCAAAGCUAUUUCGAUGGAUUCCGCAAUGCAAGCCACAAGCAAAUCCGUGGAAGAUGCAGGUAUAAGGAUGCAACAGGAAAAUAAGACAGAGGUCAAAACGCAAGAAGAGAGCAAAAGGGAGAGCCUGACUAAAGUUGAGACCGGAAAGAAUCCAGCGAACGAUGCCGCACCCAAGAGUGCCUUAGAUGGUGCACGCAUGGCUAUCAAGCAGAAGGAAAACAAGCCGCAAGUUGAGCACAAAACUAAGAAGAUGAACAAAGGGGAGAGCAUUUGGAAUACGGAUAAGUUACGUCGAAAGCAAAGUAUUCAGGCACCAUAA